GCCGCCCCGCCCCGCCGCGUCACCCGGGGGCCCGAAUGUCGGAAGGCGCCGGCGCCGGCGAGGAGCUCAGCGACAGGCAGAAGAGGGAGAUCGCCGUCUGGUUCCUCUCCAACGCCCCCGCCGGCGAGAUCAACUACGUCGCCAAAGAUGUGCGAGCGCUGCUUGGGGACGAUGCGGUCUACGAGGCCGCCGCAGCGGAGGCCUUCCCGGAGUACAACAAGGCACACCUCGUGUCCCUCGAGCUCCCUGACCGCAGCGGUGAUAUAAUUAUCACACCAUAUGGGGAGCUUGACAAGAACAAUUAUCUGGAUCCUAGGACUGCCCAAGUUGCUACAGUGGAUCAUAUUAAACAGCAUUGCACAAAAUUGAGGCCAGCUGCUGAUGAGGAGCUUCCUUCAGCAUACAUUGAAGAGUACAGGAAUGCUUUGGAUAUUGAAUUAUCCAAAUAUGUUGGUGAAGCUUAUCCAAAAGGGAUAUGUGCCGUUUAUUGUAGCAGUGGAAAAGAUAUAGAGGGACCAGGAGCUGAUUUUGGUUUGGUAGUGAUUAUUUCUGCUGCUAGACGUAGUCCACAAAAUUUUUGCAAUGGCAGUUGGCGCUCAAUUUGGACUCUGGAAUUCAAUGAUGGGUCACAGUUUGUUGAAAUUAAAGGGAAAAUACAGGUAGGCGCUCAUUAUUUUGAAGAGGGAAAUGUACAGCUGGAUACGAACAUUGAUUGCAAGGACUCCACCAUAUUGCAGUCUCCUGAGGAUUCUGCCGUUUCAAUAAUUAACAUCAUUCGGCACCAUGAGUCUGAAUAUUUGUCAUCACUUGAGGAAUCAUACCUGAAUUUGUCUGAUGCAACCUUCAAGGAUCUUCGAAGAAAACUUCCGGUUACUCGUACUCUUUUCCCAUGGCACAACACUCUGGCCCUCAGCCUUACAAGAGACCUCGCCAAAGAACUGGCUAUAGGGAAAUGAAGCUUGUGGAGUCCAGGUCAUUAGAUAGCUUGAUAUGGAAUCUUUUAUCUCCAUGCUAUGUGUUGUUCUGUAGCCAGCAAUUCUCUUUUGAUUUAUGGGCUUCCACAAAUCCGUGUAAAUCAAGAACAUGAACUUUUUUGUGGAGAAGUUGCAUUUCAAGAAUAUAUGAUAUCCUCGUUCAUAUGUUGAUCGUCUGAUAUGUUAACUUGUCUCAUGAGCUAUAGCAAACCGG